GUCAGAUCACGAGAAUCUUGUUGCUUGCUAGCGGGCGCUCUCCAGACAGAUGUCGAACAACCACGGUACCAGGAGGUUCUCCCAAGUUGUGAAUGGUUUGCUGGAGCGAUUUGGUUCUCCUGGCCAAGCGACACACUUCCCGGGAGCGACACAGACCUCCACCCUCUUGGCGCUCCCUGACGACAUCCUCUUGCUUGUACUCGCUCUCAUCGACCCGGAUGACCUUCUCAUAUGCAAGCAGGUCUGCAUGUCCUUAUCGCGCCUCGUCCAGCACGAUGUGCGCAGCCAAUACCGAAUAGAGCUCGCCGUCACUGGCAUGGUCGACGGACCACCAAGCGACAUCACCCUGACAGACCGCCUCGAGCAGCUGCGGGAGCACCGUGCACGCUCGCAUAGUAGCCACUUCUCGCGCGACGAGAGCAUCUGGUUCGAAGUCGACGCACGCGUGCAGGUGCUGACGUCUGACGGUACCAUCCUAUAUGCGAUGCGCAGGCCUGGGGGUUACAAACUGGAUGUCCGGACGCCGUUGCGUGUCCAAGCAGCCCUAAGCCUUUGCUCGUACUGUCUGUCCAUCGAGGCCGGCCAGGAGUCUCAUAUCGAGGCUAUGGAUAUGUCGCAGAACUUACUGAUCAUCUCGGAGGCUACCAGCGACACUUGGGAAGUCACGGCUAGUUUCCUGAAUAUCACAUCUGGAGAGGGGCAUGCAGAUGCUGCGGGACCGAUCAUUCGAACCGUGUCUGAGCAAGGGCGCCCCUUGCUCGUCCAAAUACACCAGCAAUACGUUGCAUGGCUAGUAUGGAUACCUGCAUCUCAGAGGCGCGAGGUCGAAGUUUGGGACUGGCACACAAGUCGUCUUGUCUGGCGUCGCGCUUUCCGACCCCAAGUGUCCUUCACGUUCCUGGACACAUCACAUAUACUCGUGACCUCCGGCCGCCAGGAGGUCUUGGAGGUCUUCUGCUUGGACGGCCCCGCCUACGUACUUGGCGAAAUCAUCGAACCCUUCCUGACCUUGGAGCUCCCCCUCGGAGCGUUCCGUUGCUCCGUCCACCACGACGAGCGGAGUAGGAUCCAUUCGUCGUCACCCCCUCCGGACGCCCCAUUCAUUCCGGACCCCAUGCUGUCUGUAGUCGCAGUACGCUUCGCCAUCUACGCCACAGACCUCUCGAACGCACUCCUCCUCGUUCCCGGCUCGACGUUUCGCGCACAGAUACAGGCGGCACGGGGCAGCGAUGAGUCGCAUCACCGCGUAUUCUGGCAUGAGUGGGGCCCCAAAGGCGGCCUGCUCCUGAACCUUUCCGGACCAGAAGUCAUCCCUCGCGCGGUGUUCAGCCCGUGCGGGUCUCGUUUCCCUAUGCUUAUCCGCGACAAAUGGAGGGCCGGGUCCGCGCAGAUCGUCAUCUUUGAUUUGAAUCCUUGGGCUGCGAGGGCAGCUCAGAGCAACCCGAAAAGUAGCGGGAGCUUGACAGUCAUGAAGGACGCCAGCAGCUUCCGCUUCCGCACGCUGCGGGCAUCCAUCCCGCAUGUUGCCUAUCAAGGCCCUCGUCUGUCUUUCCCAAAGGAGCACAAGCCGACAUAUGUGAAUAUGAACCAUGAUGGCUUCACCGUGCUACACGAAUGGAAGCCCCCGUAUCAGGAAAGGUUGGGCUUCGGAUACCAGACAUUCUUCGUUUAAUUCUACGGUUGUGUGCCACCUACCUGAUCCACUGCACUCAUAGCUUGC